AAUAAACCAACCUUAUUCAACAAGAAAUAAACCAACCCUUACUCCCCAAGAAAACCCCUAGAGACUUCUCUCACCUAGUCUUCCCCAAUUCUUCUCUAUCUGUGUGUGGGUAUAUAUCAGUGUACAGAUAACUUUUAACAAUGGCGAAACUGAAGAUAGCGGGGGCAUGGUCUGGGGUUUUGGAGGUGGAAUUGGAGGAAUGGACUGUACCCAUGUUGAGAGAAGAGGUUGCAAAGCGAUCCAACUGUGGAUCCGAAUCGAUCAACCUUAUAUGCGCUGGCAAGGUUUUGAAAGACGGCGAUGGGACUCAGAAACUUGCUCAAUUGGGCUUCAAGAACAAUUCCAAGGUUUUGGCUAGUCGUGUCUCUGCUGAUCAAGGCAAGGCCUUGAAGGACGAAUUGAUGGCCGAGGAAGAACGCUCUACUCGACUCUCUAGACUCAAGGCUGCUGUGAAUUCACUGGCCAAGAGACAUGCAGAUGGUUCAUUACCAAUUGAAGACUACAACAUAGAACUGGAAAAUCAGAGUGGAGAAACAGUACAAUUGGGAUCUGAGACUGAUCAGCGGGCUGUGAUGAUGGGUUUAAUGCUUCAUGCAAAUGCUAAACAGUUGAUUAGAACGGAAAGGUACAAAGAUGCAUUGGAAGUGCUUGCCAUGGGAGAGGAGGCGUUUUCUCUUUGCGACUCCAAGGUCAUUGAGCUCAUUGAUAAUGUCCCAAUACUACAAAUAGAUAUGGUGUGGUGCUACUUCAUGCUCCGAGACAUCAGUUGGCUCUCAGUGGCAGGAAUGCGCCUUUCAAAAGCGAAGGAAGGAAUUGAACGUGCUCAUGGGAAGGAAUCUAGUCGUCUCAGGCUCCUUCAAGGAGCUCGCCAUCCAGAGAUCGCAUUGCACCUGCGGAUGGAACUGUUGGAAGGAGUAGUGGCAUACCACAGUGGUCAGUUUGAAAAAUCCAGACAGGCCUUGACCUCUGCACAAACUAAAUACUUCCAGCUUCAGGUGCCUGAUGAAGCCCUAUCACUACUUAUGAGCAUGGGCUAUAAAGAACAUCAUGCAAAAAGGGCUUUGCGCAUGAGCAAUCAGGAUGUUCAGAGUGCUGUUGAUUUCCUUGUCGAGGAGAAGGCAAAAAAGGCACAAAAACAGGAGGAGGACAUUCGGCGAAGGAAUGAUAUCAUGGAGCAAAAGUGUUAUGGAAUGACACCCCUCAAGAAACCUGUGGAUCUUCAGAGAUUGAAUGAAUUGGUGUCAAUUGGGUUUGCAAAAGAUCUCGCUGCAGAAGCCCUUCGAAGAAAUGAGAAUGACACUCAGAAGGCUUUGGAUGAUUUGACAAAUCCAGAAUCUAAUUCUGCCAUACAGCUCGAUAUUGAAUCAAAGAAAAGGAAAAGACUGCGUCGAGCAGCUGAUGCUGCCAUUGAAGAGCUUAUAUCCAUGGGUUUCCCAAGAGCAACAGUGGUUGAAGCGGUCCGGGCAUUUGGCACAAAAGAUCGAGCAUUAAGUCAUCUACUCGGACAAUCCGACUCAAAUCCUGCCAUUGCAGUAGAUGGGGAUGCAAAUUCUUCUGCUUCAACGCUUGGCGCUGAUAUUUUGAGCACCGAGGGUGGCGUUGAAGGUUCAUCCAGUGUCAAUGGAGAUAUUGAAGGUCCAAGUCACAAGAUCGAUGAUCGGGAUGUGGAGAUGGAAGUUGAACUUACAGAGGACCUACAUAAUGCGGAUGCUUUCUCGGACUAUGACAUUGAAGUUGCAAAAGAAGGUGAAGCUAUAUCUGAGUACUUGGCUCUCCUCGCUUCUUCUGAGAAUGGUGAAAAAGUUUCAUCUUCUUCACAUUGAGGUGAAAGUAGCUUUGAAUGUACAUGAAGUUUAUCGCAUAUAUGGAUUUCGUAUCAGACAGUUAAGGGGAUGGGAAUGACUUGAUUUCGGAUUAUAAUUGGUGUUUUAGUUUGGGUACAUUAAUAUGAAUGAAACUGCAUUGCAAAAUCACCUGUACAGUGUAUAGAGAUGGUUAAAUGACUUUUUUAUGGAUAAGCAGAGAAUGGUGAAUAAGAUGAUUUGGUCAUUUGGUA